GGAUUCUUCUAAUGAUGCAUCCACUCCGUGGCUUUACUUAAACAUCUUGUUUGGGCCCCCUUCUCCUUUUUUCUUUUUUCUACUUAGGCAUCCCUGUUUCUAAAUAUUAUGCAAUAUCUUUUUCAUAUACAUCUCGCACUUCAUUCCUUGGCAUCCUAACAGCUCUAUAUUACCACAUUUUUGGCUAAAAACGGAACAAAAAGAGCAACGACCAACAAAUACUUAUAUAUCUCGAUUCCAUUAACCAGCGGUCUUGCUUCUUCCGAAGAUAAAAAAAGAACCCGACCUCAUCCAUUGUAACAGAUACUUGUGCUAUCCUCUCUCUCCUUCGUCGCUCUCUCUCUCUCUUUUUCCCUUUUUGUACUGUAUUAUCUUUCUUUUAUCCAAAUGUCAACCUACACCAAUUCGUGCCGUCUUUCUUCACGACGUCAAGUGAAUGCUGUUCCUCAUGUCGACAUUGUAAGCAUCUACCAAGACCGAAGCAUGGUUGCAGAAAAUAGUGUCACAGCCUCGUCGUCACCCGAUACCAAUGAUUCCCCUCAAAGUUUCAGUCCUAUUCGUUCAAGGCCGCACGAUCAGGUAAGUUCGGUCCUGCCACUAGACUCCGCUCAUAUCAUGUGGAUACGUCAUUUCUGCAACGUAGUAAAGGAGCCGAUGAACCGUGCGGAUAUACAUGACCCUGCACCUGGAGAACCCGCAACCGGUCGGCUCGACUUGUCUGCCUUUGUUCGGCAUCUCUACGAUAACCGAUUGUCCGUCAUGGAUGGAGCAGAAACUGAGGACACAAGAAUAAAUUCCGCAAAGGAGAAUCAACCAAUUGACCUUGCAACAUGCAUCCAACCAGUUGAAGCGCCCACAUCCGCACCAGAACCUUCUGCCAAACUCCUUAAAACCGAGGACAGCAGUUGUGCCGACAGAACCCACCCCGCUCCUGAGGAGGGUGCUGUCAAGACAACGACUCCUAUGCCCUACCCUCCGUCACCCAAAACUAGCAAUUCUCGGUUCAAAGAGCGAUGGGAUAUUGAUGUGACUAUACCCAUUUUCUUGCCAGAUCAUGACAAGCCGCUCUCUCCUCUGUCACCAUCCAAAUCUUCAGCGACGAAACCGCAACGAAAAUCGGAACGCACAUCUGCUCCGCUCACCCUUUUACGCCAAGCCAGUCGAGUGCGAUCACAGUCCAUGUCCAACAUUCGAGGCUUGAUGCGAUCCUUGAGUACUUCAAACAGAGUCCAGGAACGUUCCGUGAGCAAUGAUGAAAUCGAGAGCAAGAUUUCGCCUGCUGCCAAGGCCGCAUUGCAAUUGGACACUCAGCAACUAAUCAAAAGCACAGCCCAGCAACAGCAAACCGUCGUAGAUAACGCCAAAUUGUCUCGCAAAAUCUCCCAUUUACUUUCACGGCGUCCCACGAAAACAACAAAUCUGCAGGAAAAAGGAGCAUCCAACAAGCUUACACGUGCAGAGGUUAUACGACGAACUAUUAUUUAUGUGCCCUCGGACGACGAUCAAAGUGCGUCAUCAGGGCAAGACGAUAAGCCAAGUUCCCCAUCGAGUGUCUAUCCUGCUCCUGUAGUACCUCAGCGAAGUAUCAAACGAAAGGGAGAUCAGAAAUCCGGACCUGGUAUUCCGAAGCCGUUAGAUGGUCUUGAACUGCGAGAAAUGAGUGAUGGGUCCAUUAUUUGGGAGUUGGUCAACCACAACCCCCCAUCCAGUACAGUGUCGUACCAAGAUACCCUACAUUCGGCUCCCCCGGUCCCGCAACGGUCCCCGCGACGACGUGCAGCAACCACAACGAGUGAUUGCCCACCUCCUAUUCCGCCGCGUUAUCGUCCUGUCCGUCCAAGCGAACAUGUGGACAUCUACUACGCUCCCGAAAUGACCUUGCCGAGUCUUUUGCAAAUCAUCACCGAAAGUCAAUACAAUAUACCUAUAGAAGAGCAAUUAGAUCAAGCCAUGCGUGAUUUUACCAACAUGUAACAAAAACAUAGAAACUUCUGUAAAGUUAAAAUCGAACCCAUAAUGGGGACUCCUAAACGCG